AUGGACCCAAACGACAGUAAAAACGCGGACCUGUCAGCCGACUCAACAAAUGAAAGACAGGAAAACGCGGCAACGGGGAUCGAAACGCAGGAUGAAAACCCAAAGAAGAUAGAUGAAGAAGAAAAAAUUGCAGGCGUAGAAACAAAUGAAAAUGCUCCAGCUUCUGCCAAUGAUGUUGUAAAUGACACAAAGGCGGGGGCGACGGACUUUGAUACUUCGAAUAAGGACAACAACUGCAGCAUGGAUGCUACUAUCAACGCGACCGGAAAACUGACGGAAAAUGGGGAAAUCAGAGACGGCGAUAAUGGCUUGAAUGUGGAAGACGCGUCCAAAUUGGUCAAAGAAGGAGAUGAACAUGUGAACAAAAAGGAGGCUUUAAAAGAGGGGGAACAAGAAUCUAGAAAGGAGGCUCAACAUGAGGCUGAGAAGGAGCACCAAAAAGAGAACUUUCCAAGUAGCGAAGUCAAACCGCUUGAGGGUGCUCCCAUGAGCAAACACUCGGAUAUCACCUUUUCCCCCAAAGCGCCCCCCACAUUUAUGAACAGCGAGCCGUUAUACAUCGAAGUGAAAGGCCUCCUGCAGGUCCUUAACCCUCAGGAUUUUGCCAAAAACAUGAGUAUGGAAAGGUUGAAUUUAGGAAAAAAAAACGAAAAUGUACCGACCAGCAAGCGUUCACUUAGUGUGCCAUACAAAGGAGUUUCGAAGGGCAUUCCAAAGGACAUUAACAGGCAAAGCAGUAAAAGCAUUAAUGCAACUGCUCAGAAGUUUCCAGGACUGCCCAAAUCAGCAGAUCUGAUAAAAAGACCCCCUCUGCCAAUUAAGUCACCCAUAAUAAAUCCACCAAUUACAAUGAACAAAAGUAACCUUCAUAAGGAGGGAAUUACGGGGAAGGCGUUAGACACUGGUAAAGGAAAAAGCAUUUUUCGAAAUUUACCAAAGAAAAUCCCUUCACCGGAAGUAGUAAAGUUAAAGCCCAAGGCAAUGAUUAAAACGAAUUUUGUUCCAUCCAAAGAAAUUAGCAAGGACGAAAAAGGGAAAGCACUGCUGCUAAAGGAAAAAACAUCUUUGAAAAUUCCUCCAAAAGUGUUACCCUUUCUGAUUAAAGAGAAAAGUGUUAAACAUAAGGCUCCUCCCAAGGGUAACAUAAAACACACGUUGCAUUAUCUUAAGAGAGCUGCAGAAAUAGGAAGCAAAGAAGUUGAUGAAUCUGCGACGGAAGGGAAAGAAGUUCUAAGUGGGGCCACCAGUAAUAUAAGAAAGAGCUCACUAAUCACUCGAAAAUUUAUAGAAAAGCCCAAAAAUACACAAAAAAGUAGCCCCUUAAAGAUGGAAGCUGUGAAAAGAGGAAAGGCAAUUUUAGACACAAAGAAAAUUUUAGCCAAAAAACCCAUUUCCAAGUUGGUAGGUGAAUCUAAGACAAUGGGAAAGGAUAGAAAGAAAAAGGUUCUGCUUAAGAGUAUACAAGGGAAAGAGGCACAGUCAUCGGAGGCUCCUAUGGACAUCGCUGCCCCUAAAUUAGACGACGUCGCAGAUGCAGAUAUUGAGAAGAAUCCCGAAAAGGAAGAAAAACCGACCGAGGAAGUGGACCAAACGAACAAUGAACAGAUAAACGUAAAUGAAGGUACCAAGGAAGAACCUCCCCAGGUAGAUAAGGAAGAAGUCGUAGUAGUUGAUACGGAACACAUCAUAGGGAGGGAAAAAACGUUAGAAGAAAAAGACGAAUCAGAAAUGGAAAGAUGUGGGGAAAACAUGUACGACUUGACGAGAAGUGAAACGGAGAGGCCGGAAGAGGCAGGUGAAGUGGAGGGGGAAGUCGUGGAAGUCGAACGGGUGAAAAAGGUGGACGAUGAGGAUGAGCACGCCGAUGCGGGUGGCAAUAACGACUUGGAUGCAGGGAAGAGAGAACAAAAAGGGGAAAAAGAAGAUAAAGCCGAAAAGGCGGAUGGUGAAGAGCAAGGGGGAAAAUCGGCUGGUAGCCGAAAGGAGGUAGGGCCGGAAGAGUUGGAAGGGGAAAUGAAGGGCGAAGAAACGGUCCAACCAGCGGAACCGGCGGAACCAGAGAAACCGGCGCAGUCAGAAUCAGACGAGAAAAAGAAGGGGCUCGAAAAAGUGAACGAAGUGAAGGAGGCGAAAAAAACAAAAUCCGAGAUAAAGAAAGGCGCGGACCACAAGAUAAGUAAAAAGGUGCCAAAAAGAGGCGAUAACGCAUUGACAAAGAAGGAUGAGGGUGGGUCUCCGCUAACUAUGAAGGCAAUUGGGAAGGCGCCUCUAACGAUGAAGGCAAUUGGAAAGGCGCCUCUAACGAUGAAGACUAUUGGGAAGGCACCGCUUACCAUGAAAACCAUUGGGAAAGUGCCGCUCACCAUGAAAACCAUUGGGAAAGCGCCUCUAUCCAUGAAGACCAUUGGGAAGGCACCUCUAACCGUGAAGCAAAGCACAAAGCCCGAAUUGGCCCUAAAACACAAGGCAACGAUGAAAGGCAUCCCAUCGUUACUAAAAUUAAAGACAGAUAUCACAGGCAACGUAAAAGAAAAGAAGAGCAUAAAAAACGAAAAAAGCAGCGACCCGAUAAAAAGUGCAACUAACAAAAAUUCGCCCCAAAGAAAGACCAUCCUCUUUUUGAAGAAAGCUAACACUUUAAAGAAAGCUACAUUGAGCAAAAAUUCUUUGAAAGAUGUAGAUGCAGAAAAGAAGAAGCUUCUAAAAAAGUUAGAUACAUCUAUGAGUGAUAAAAAUGGGAAAAUAGAUGCAGAAAAUGAUUCCAUUUCCAUGCCAAGUAAAGGUGUGUCCAAGAAAGUUUCUUCUACAUCUAUUAAAAACGCCUUGUCCAUUUUUAAGAAAAAAACGUUGAGUAAGUCCAAGACGGACAGCAUUCAUGAGCUCAUGUCGAGCGGAGGCAACAACAACGCAAUCGUGUCGUCCAAGUCAGAAAAUAUUCACAACGUGUUAGAGCAGAAGAAGGAGGGAGAAGCCGAAGCAGAUGAGUUAUUUACAAAAAAGUUGUUAAGUUCGAAGGAUCUAGGAGCGGGUGCAAAAUCGAGCUCAUCCCAUGAGAGCGAUCAUCAAAAUGAAAAUGCAAAGGAAUCUCCUCCUCCCAUGGGGAAGAACGAAGAAGUCGGAUCUAAGGGGGAUCAAGAAUUGUCCAAGAUGGUAGUAAAGAAACCCUCCUUGAAGAAAUCCAAGUCGCUCAAGAAGCUCAAGUCCAAGUCGAGCAAAAAAAUGAGCAUGAGUGAUGACAUUUCAAUUGGAGAAGAAAAGGUAACUAAAAAAAUUGCCAAGCUCAGUAGCUCCAGGAAGAUAAAAAGUGCCGUGUCUCAAAUCAAGGAGGAGAAGAAAAUGAAAAAGCUGAAAUCAGAAACAUUCCACAAGGGAGCGAGCAGCGUAACCAAAAUGAAAGAUAAGAAGGGCCCCAAGAAAUAUAAGUCGAGCACUGGAAAUGGGAACAGUAAAAUUGCCAAAGAAGGAGUAGGAAGCAAAUCCUUGCUCGAAAAGGAAUUAGUUAAAAUGAAGUCUUUUAAGGAUAAAUGGAACAGCGAUUUUGUGACUCCAAGGAUAGGAGGGAUGGAUUCAUCGAAUAGCUUUUUUGCCCAUGACAAAUUGGAAAUGUCUAACGCUGAUGCGUCCGAUGAUAACGCGCCCCACUCGAUUACCUCUCCUUCAGUGUCGUCCAAAAAGAUGAGGAAGAAGAAGAAAAUGAGCAAUCGCGUAAAUGGCCCGGUCCGUACAGAUGAUGCUCCCAAAAAGAGAGGAACCACCGGGAAGGCUAAAAAAAUUGCCCCUAGCUCCAGCAUCAAAUCCAUGGAGCAUAGAAUUGUGAGCGACUUGGAGCAGGACGCACAACCCCUCCCGGUCGCACAUAAAGGCAGCACGUCCACCACUACAACUGGCGAAGAAAGAAGAAACAGCGGAGAUACAAACGCAGGAAUGUCAAAACUGAGAAACGCUUCCCUGUUCAAUUUUAACCGAAUCAAAUCGGGGAACACGUUGAGGAAUUUAUCAGUCCAAGUGAAGUUAGAACCUCCCCCCAUGGAAGUAGCAUCCCAAGGGGAACCCAAUUUGAAGGUAAACAAUUUAUGCUCGAAAACACCAGUGGUGGCUAGAAGGACAAGUGGGAUGAUCCCUCAAAAUACCAGUUGGAUGCUUGGCAAAUGUUGCUCAGUGGGGAAUAGCAGCACUGAAUAUGUCUACGAGAGAAAAGAACCCGCGAUUCAGAACUUCAGCUCCCUCUUUAACGUGAAUAAUAAGUAUAUGCCGGUAAGCACGAAUAUGCAAAUGGCUCUCCUGUCUGGCAACAGCGUAAAGCUGUCAAAUGUUUACGAGUCUGAUUUGCUGGGCAGGGGUGAGUGGGCGCUGAACAGGGAGACUCUACGUGGGUCGCUCCGUGGCAACAUGGCCAGCAGCGGCAGCCCCUUGCGUAGACCGGUGAGCGGGUUGAUAAGUAGGCCAUCGAGCAGGUCGAUGGGCAGGUUUAUGAGUAGACCGAUGAGCAGCCAGGUUAGCCGACGAGUGAGCGGUCAAAUGGGUAACCAAAUGGGCAACCAAAUGAGCGGCCAACUUAGCUACCAACUGGACGGCCAAAUGGGAAGUCAAAUGAGUGGUCAAUUGAGUGGCCACUUGAGCAACCAACUUAGCCACCAACUGGACGGACGGAAUAGCCUCCCCCUGAGCUGCAAAAUGAAUUCUGGAUCAUACUCCAACAAAUCACUCCUAAAUAAUAGCAGCCCCCCCGAGUUAAGAAGAAGGCCAUCCUGCAACACAACAGUGAAUUACUGCAGUUGUAUAUAG